GGCCUCCUUCCUGUCGAUGAAUGCAUCGACUGUUUCUUCCGGUUGCUUCUCCGAGUCUACCAAAGACUCAAUGCUGCUCAUGCGUGCGUGUUCUGUUGCCUCGGUGCAACGCUUAUGGAGUUUCUUCAUCUUUGCCAUAAACGUGCGGCUUUCACCUGGGUUAGUGGUCGUAACAGCUUGCAGCUGUUUACCUUUGACGGCACCUGGAAGACCCAUUGCGAGUCUGCGUAAGGUGUUGCUUUCGUUUAAGCUCCACUCUACUUCUGUACCGGCCAGAUCCUGCUGGAUCUUGGUCGAAAGGGUGUCCGGACCGUGGGCGUCCGCCACCGUUAACACAUGCUCCAACCAAGCAUGCCAUUCUUCCUUCUGCGUAAUCUCGGGCAGAACAAUUGGCCUAGGGGGCGCCAUUGUUUCGGUACUUGGUGGGGCUGGCGGCUCUCCUCCACCUGUUUCGUCUCCUGCCAUUCUUCAGACUGUUGAACGAAUGCGAAAAUUUUAG